AUGGUAGGUCGAAUUGGGGUCUUUGCACUUCUCUUUUACGCCGUGGCCGGCUUGGUUUUGGCCUUGGGCGAGGCUUCCAUGACUUCCAAAUUAGAUACAUCUUUGGAUGCUUUUGAUAAUCCUGAAAAUGAUAGCAUUGGCCGCGACAAUGGUGCCACGAAAUCUAUUCAUGGACCUGUUCUUGAUCAUGGUUUAAGCACUGUGGUCCCAAAAACUCCUAAUGAUGCUGCUGGUACUGGUCAUGUUGGUGGCACUGCAGCUAUUGUUGGACCGAUGCUUGAUCAGGGUUCAAGCACAGCUGCCUCCGAACCCUGUAAUGAUGCUGCCAAUGAUCCUGCUGGUAACACUGGUGGCGAUAAUGACAAUGGCGCCGCGACACCACCUGAUGAUGGUGAAGAAGAUCUUGAUCGAGUUUCAAGCACUCCGGUCCCGAACACUUCUAGUGAUGCUAAAAAUGAUCAUGUUGGUAACACACGGGUUGACAGUGUUGCUAUGCUACCUGUUGGUGGACCGGUUCUUGAUCAGGUUUCAAGAUCUGCGGCACUCUCAAAAACUUUUAAUGAUGGUGGUAACUAUGGUGUAGGUUACACUGGUAGCGGCGACAGUAGUGGUGCUACGCCACCUGUUGGUGGACCGGUUCUUGUUCAGGUUUCAAGCAUUGCGGUCCCGGAAACUUCUCGUGACGCCGGCAAUAAUUAUGUUGGUGACACUUGGACUGUUGCCACAUCACCUGUUAGUGGAUCUAUUCUUGAUCAGGGUUCAAGCAUUGGCGGCAACAGUGGUGCCAAGGCACCUGUUGGUGAACUGGUUGUUAAUGAGUUUUCAAGCACUGCAGCCCCAAAAACUUCUAAUGAUGACGACAACGAUCAUGUUGAUCGUGUUGAGGUUUCAAGCUCUACGGCUCUAAAAACUUAUAAUGACGACUAUAAAGAUCCCGACGAUCAGGUUUCAAGCAUAGCCCCGGCUCCAUCACCUGAAAGCGGUGCAACCAUAGAUAUCUCUGCCAAUGUGUCCGGAAAGUCCAAAAACCUCAACAUACAUUCCAAAAAAGUUAUAGUGGCUUCUAGCUUGUUUCUUCUACUAAUUAAUUAA